AGGUCACGUGACACACUUACACUUUCACUGCAGCAGGAAGAGCAGAGCAGCAGAAUCUGUGUGGAUUUAAGCAUUAAACACGACUUUGAGCAAAUCUGGUUCUUGAGGGCCUCUGCAGCUCCAGAUCAUGCCUCCACAGAAGAGGAAACGUGAGCCAGGUCCCAGCUCAGAACAGGCCAAACCUGGAGACGUGUCAUGUGACUUCUGCUCUGAGCCUAAGCUGAAGGCCCACAAGUCCUGCCUGGUGUGUCUGUCCUCCUUCUGUGAGACCCACCUCCAGCCUCAUCUCACAGUCUCUGGGCUGAAAGGACACCAGCUGAUGGAGCCGGUGGAAAACCUUGAAGACAGAAUGUGUCGCACACACCAGCGCCCCCUGGAGCUCUUCUGUGGCACUGAUCAGAGCUGUGUCUGUACCACAUGUGUCCUUUUAGAGCACAAGAACCAUGAGUUCUUGUCUCUUGAGGAGGCCUGUGAGCGCAGGAGGUCCUCUCUGCUGCAGACUCAGGCUCAGAGCCAAAUCAUGGUGGAGCAGAGGAGGCAGAAGAUCCAGGAGAUCCAGAGCCUCCUGGAGCUGAGUGAAACAGAGACAGACAGAGAGAGGUCUGUGGGGCUGCAGGCCUUCACUGCUCUCAUGCAGUGUGUUCAGAGGCGUCUGGACCUCUUCUUAGAGGAGCUCCAGGAGAAGCAGAGCCGGAGCCACAGACAAGCCCAGGAUCUGCUGCAGCGGCUGGAGAAGGAGAUCUGUGAUCUGGAGCAAAGCAGCACUGAUUCUGAAUGUCUCUCACACUCUCAUGACCCCCUCCACUUUCUACAGCGCUGCACUGCACUCACUGAGCUUAAGGAGUGGAACAGUGUUAGCUUUAAACCGGAGAUGUGUGAGGGCAGUGCGGCCCGGGCUCUGUCUGAGCUGGACAAAAGUCUCUCUGAGGAAUUUAAAGUUCAGUUUGAGGCGGAGCUCAGGAGAGUGCAGCAGUGUGCGGUGGAGGUCACUCUGGACCCUGACACGGCACACCCUAAACUGGUUUUGUCCGAGGACUUAAAGCGGGUUCAUCACAGUGACCAGAAGAGGGCGCUCCCGGAGAGUGGGCGGAGGUUCUCUCAGUGCUGCUGUGUACUGGGGCGGCAGAAGUUCUCCUCAGGCAGAUUCUACUUUGAGGUCCAGGUGGAGGGGAAGAGUGAGUGGGAUCUGGGCGUGGUCAGGGAGUCCAUCAACACUCAGGGAAAGAUUGCGCUGAAGCCAAAGAACGGCCAGUGGGUGGUGUGGCUGAGGAGCGGGGGGCAGUACAGAGCUCUGGCCGGACGUCCCGUUGUCCUGUCUCCGCGACAACCUCCUCGAAAAGUGGGCAUGUUCGUGGACUACGGAGGGGGGGUGGUCUCCUUCUAUGACGCAGAUUCGGCGGAUUUCCUGUACUCCUUCACUGACUGCAGCUUUGAGGAGAGCCUGCUGCCCUUCUUCAGCCCCUGCAACAAUGACAGGGGCAGAAACUCCGCCCCCCUGAUCCUGACUCCCAUCUGUAAGCCUGAGUUAGUCAAACCUGAGCCAGAGGAGCAGUGCACCAAACCUGAUCAGACGGACUAGAAAUGACAAAUAUUGGCCUAAACCUGUUGCUUUGCUUUGAGCUUUGUCGUUUCACUCAAGGCGAUACUGAGAACAUUGAUCGUAAAUUAAACUAAAUGUAUUUUUAAAGGUGGUAAUAUGAUGGAGUGGUACACAGGGGAAAAAACUAUUUGUAAAUGAGCAACGCAAAAUAGAGCGCUCUCUCUCUCUGGAGGAAAUAAACAGAGUCUUAUUUUAACCGCGCCAUUUCUUCUCUUCUUUGCAUCAGUGAAUGUGGUGUUUUAAAUUUAAAUGUCACUUCGAAUCAUCAAAGCUCUGCCCGAUGCCCUUGGAAAGUCUAUUUCACAGCUACGGAUUGGACAAUAAACAAUGUCGUUUAUUGUGAUAAAAAGCGUUGACAAUAAUCGUUCGUGGGACAUUUUAUAUAAAGGCCAACAAAGAUAAUCGCCAGAAUGUGCAGAAAAAAACGACUUGUCCACAGGGGAGUCGACAGGGAGGGGGGGCAAAGGGGUCUGUUGUCCCGGGCCCAGAAUUAGACCCUCUUACUAUUAAUUUGUAUUACGGGGGG